AUGGCACCAUCAAUACUGAAUGGAAAUGGUACAACGACAGCUAAGAAUAACAAUGAUGAUGAUGGUAAUAUCAAUAGUAUAAAAUUAGAAAAUUUAUUAUUAAGAGACGAAGAUAUUUUUCAAACUUCAUUAAAUUCUCAAGACUAUUUUGAAAGUUUAGCACCAAUAAUAAAAGAUGCAAUUCAAACAAAUGGAUUAUCUAACUUAAUAACCAAAUUGAAUGAAAUUGUUGAAUCUAAAGAUGAAGAAUUAAAUCAAGCAUCAAUGGAGUCAAUGGAUGAAAUAAAUCAAUGUAUAACUACAAUUGAUCAAAUUCAACUGAAAUCAUUAAAAUUAAAUAAAGAAUUUUAUCAAUAUUCAUCAGUUCUUAAUAAAUCAGCAUUUGAAUUAAUGAAUCGUAAAAUAUCAUACAUAACUAUAAAAAAAACAGUUUAUAAAAUAGAAACUACUAAACAUGUAUUAUCUAAUUGUAUUCAAGUUUUGGAAUUAAUGAAUAAGAUUCUUGAAUUAAUUAAAGAGACGAAAUAUUUUCCAGCUUUGAAACUAAUUGAUGAAUUAUUAUCUGUUCAUAUUUCCAAAGUUGAUAAUUUUUCAUUUGCAAAGAAGAUUGUUAAUUCUAUUCCUCAUUUAACUAAAAUGAUUAAAGAUGAAAGUUUUGAAAAUUUAUCAAAAUGGUUGUCUAUAAAUCUUGAAAGAAAACUAAAUAUAAUUAGUGAUUGUUUAAUUGAUAAUAUUAUCGAAAUACAGAAUAAUUGGGAUAAGUUAAGAUUUGAAAAUCAUUCGUUGAUUCCAUAUAAAGUAAAUUCAAAAGUUGAAAAGGCAUUAAGGGAAGAUAAGUUUGAUAUUAACUUAUUUGAGAUUAAUGAUUUAGAAAUUAAUUUAAAUAUAGUAUAUGAUACUAUCUUAGUAUAUCAAACCUUGGACGAAUUAGAUCAAUUAUCAAAUUUAUAUCAUAAAGAAUGGAUGAAAAAAUAUGGAAGAAUUAUAUAUCCAUUAACUACAACCACAUCAACAACUAUGGAUCAAAAUAAAGAAAUAAUAUUCACGACAAAAGAACUCGAUGAUUAUCUUAAUAAAAUUGCUGGUUUUUUCAUUAUGGAUAAAUCAUUAAAUCUUAUUACUAAAUUUCAAUUAAGAAAUAAUUCUCAAGCUAAUGAAUUAUGGAAUUCAUGUAUGUCUAAAUUAAAACCAGUCAUAUUACAAAAUUUACAAAAUUAUGAUUUUUAUGAUUUAACAGAGUUGGCAGAUUUCAAAAUUAGUGUUGGUGAUUUCUUACAAAUUAUGGAUAAUUAUGGAUAUGACAUUGGAGAAUUAUAUGAAAUAUUGAUGAUUUUAUUUAAAGAUUGGUAUUCUCCAUUAAUUGUCAUGAAUUUUAGAAGACAAUUUAUUAAUUCAAUUCAAUCUGAUAAUUAUUUAGCAACUAUUGUUGACACAAAGGAAGAAUUUAGAUCAAUAUUAAAACGAAUUUGGACAAAGGAUGAACUUAGUACUAAUAGGGAUUUUCCAGCUAGUUUACCAUUUAGUGAAGAUUAUAUACAUUUUUGUAUACAAAUUCGGAAAUUAAUAUCUGAUGUUUUACAAUUUGUUAGUAUUCAUUAUGGAUAUCAAUCUAAAGAAAUAAGUAAUAUAAUUAUAAAUGAAAUUAUAGAAACUACCUUGAUUGGUAUAGCAAAAGAUCUUGAAGAAUUCAUAAAUAAAAAUUCAAAUAAUAAAGAGAUAAUAGCUCAAACGUAUACUAAUUUAGAAUAUUAUUGUUUUUCAAUUUAUCAAAUUGGUGAAUUAUUAGAUAAGAAAAUCAAAUCUACUAUAUUGGGAAAUUCAAAUAAGGAAAGUCAAAGUCCCUCAAUUUCAUUAAGAGCAAUUGAUACAUUUAAUAAAUUACGUAAGUAUUCAGAAGAAACAAUUUUUGAAAUGGUAGAUGUUAAAAUUGACCAAUUAUUAUCAAUGGUAGAAUAUGAUGAUUUUUUACCACAAAAUAAAAAUAUUGAUGCAAAUUAUGAAGUUAAAGAUUUUGCUGAUUUUUUGAUAAAUUUAUUCACAUCUAUAUUUGGUAAUUUACCUACUCAAUUAAGAAUAAUUGGAUUAUUUAGAGCAUAUGAUCAUAUUGCGGAAUAUUUUUUAAAUAUAUUAAAAACUUCCAAUCAAUUCAAUAAAACAUUUAUUUAUAAUUUUGAUCUUGAUGUCAUGGUUAUUGAAGACACGUUUAAGAAAUUAGAUUUAUCUGAAUCAGAUUCUCAAACUGUUUCUUUAGAAUCUACAUUUAUGACAUUAAGACAAACAAUAAAUUUAUUAAAAAAUCCUGAAGAAUUUAAUAAAAAUAAUUUAAAUAAAUUCGAUAGGAUAAAUUAUCAAGAUGGAUUGAAAUUAAUUUCUAAAAUACAAGAAUAUGAAAAUAUGAAUACAAAUUCAACUGGUUCAACUCCUAAUAGAAGUCCAAAUAUUGUUCAAAGGGGUACGUUUCCUACUUCGACCUCAAAUUCAAAUUUUGCUAGCAUUUUAGGAAGUAUAAGAAGUACUAAUAAUAAUAAUAAUAAUAAUAGUAGUAGUAGUAGAUCUCAUUCAAGAAAUAAUAGUCAGCAUGAUUUUGAUGAUAAUAUUACUGAAACCGGUUCAACUAUGAAAUUUUCUUCUUUGGCAUCUAGGUUGAAGAAGAAUAAUCAUGAGUAA